AUGGCGGCGGCGCCGAGCACAGUCACACUGCUGGCGGCGGAGUCUUCCCCUCAGGAAGCUACCGUCCCUGCCGCCUCCUCCUCCUACACCGCCUGCGCGGCGGCGGCGGCAGUGGCGGCAGUGAUUGUGCCUGCCUCCUCAGCCACCUCCACCCCUGCCAGCCCGCCUGCCGGUGGCUGUGGCGACGGCGGCGGCGGCUUUGGCGGCUCCACUAUGGCGGCGGCGGGGAGGGGGGGCAGUAGUUUUAAAGUAGACACCCGCCCUUGCCUCAGAGAAGAUAUGACUUGGAAUGAACAGGAAAAGACUGAACUUUUUACAGAUAACUUUUGUAAUAUAUGUGGAGUGGUGCUACAGUUUGAAUCACAAAGGAUUUCACAUUAUGAGAGUGAGAAACAUGCUCAAAAUGUUAGGUUUUAUUCUCAAAUUCAUGGGGAACAAAACGAAGUGCCUGGUAAGAAAAUGAAGAUGGAUGUUAAGAAAUUUAAGGUGCAUAGGAGUAAUGUAGUGGACAGAAACAAAUUUUGUGAUCUCUGCAACAUGAUAUUUAGCUCUCCAGUUGUUGCUCAGUCUCACUAUGUGGGAAAAGUCCAUGCUAAAAAACUGAAGCAAUUAAUGGAGGAGCAUGAUCAGGUAUCUCCAUCAAGAUUUCAGCCAGAGUUGGCAGGUGUGCCUAUUACUACUUCUGCAGAAUCAACUUUUCUGAAGCCUCUUGCUGUCAAGCUUCCUCCAGGUGGGAUUAAAGACAAGACUAUGCCUUCCUCUUCCAGCAGUGCUUUGGAUUUGAAUAAUCCAAACAAGUAUUGCAAGCUCUGUCCUGCUUCCUUUAAUAGUCCAUUAAUGGCCCAACAACAUUAUGUUGGGAAAAAACACAAAAGAAAUGAAGCUAGGAAGAAGUUUGUAGACAAGAUAAGAGAGAAACCUCUUCCAGCAAAAUCAGAUGCAAAUGCAUUUAGUAUGAGGACCUACGUUUGCCAUAUUUGUAAUAUUACCUUUACAUCUUUAGAAAUGUUCCGGUCCCAUAUGCAAGGAAGUGAACACCAAAUUAAAGAAUCCAUUGUUAUCAGUCUAGUGAAGAAUCCCAAGAAGACACAAGACUCUUACCAAGAUGAAUGUGCAGAUUACAUCAAAAUGCAGAAAUCCAGAGGACCAGAGCCCAAGAUUUGUUUCAGAAAGAUGGAAGAGAGUUCUUUGGAAGCCCAUUGGUACAGGGAAGUAGUUGAUUCUAGAUCCACACAUACAAUGUUUGAACAGAGACUCCCAUGUGAGACUUUCUGGACAUACCCAGGAUCAUACAGUAUUUCACAAACAGCAGAAAACCAUUUACUUCAUUGUUUACCAGCUCAUUCAAAGAAGACAUAUGACUCUUUCCAAGAUGAACUGGAAGAUUACAUCAAAGUGCAGAAAGCGAGAGGACUAGAUCCAAAGUUUUGUUUCAGAAAGAUAAGAGAGAACUCUACAGAGACCCAUGGGUACAGAGAAGUUGACUCUGGACCCAGACAACAAAUGUUUGAGCAAAGAUUUUCACUUGAGACUUCCCAGACUUACCAACAACCAUACAAUAUUUCCCCAGUGGAAAGCAAGUUGCAUUAUUGGUUACCAGUUCAUUCAAACAGAACUUAUGAUUCUUUCCAAGAUGAGCUAGAAGAUUACAUCAAAGUGCAGAAAGCCAGAGGACUAGAGCCAAAGACUUGCUUCAGAAAGGUUAGUGAUAGCUCUAUAGAAAUCCAUAAGUACAAAGAAAAGGUUGAUUUCAGACCCAAACAUAGAAUUUUUGAGCAAAAAGUCCCAUUUGAGACUUCCCAUGCUUAUACAGGAUCAUACAGUAUUUCCCAAGUAGUGGAAAACCAGUUACCUCAUUGCUUACCAGCUCAUGACAGCAUACAGAAACUAGACUCUAUAUCCUCCUGUCAACCCAUCAGAGACUGUUUUCCAGAAAAGCCAGUACCCCUGAGCCUUAGUCAGCAAGAAAAUAACUUUGGCUCAUACAGUGUAGAACCUGAAGUUUACAAGCACCUCUCAGAAAACAAUACCAGUGACCAUAAAGCAGGUCAUAAACGAAGACAUCAGAAGAGAAGAAGGCACCUGGAAGAAGGUGAAGACAGGUCAGAGAAAGAGCAAUCGAAGCAUAAAAGGAAAAAGAGUUAUGGUGAUACAAAUCUAGACAAGGACAAGAGCAUCCGACAAAGGAAAAGAAAGGGAGAUCAAGUCAGCGUCAGUUCAGGAAAGCUUAAACAUCGAAAAAAGAAAAAAAGCCAUGGUGUGCCCACUGAGAAAGAAGAACGCAAGCACAAGAAAGGGAAAAAGAAACCUGUUGAAGAAAAGACAGAAGAGGAAAUGCUUUGGGAUGAAUCUAUUCUUGGAUUUUGAAUUUUUAGUUUUGUUUACCCAAGGAUGAAUUGAAGAAAUCAGUUAUGGAUUUAGACAAAGACAGGAACAUCCAGAAGAAAAAGAGCAGUGGAUAUAGUCAGUGUCAGCUCCAGAAAGCUUAGUUUUUGUGUUUAUAAUUUGAAAUUGAAUUGAAAGAAGAAACAAACAAGCUUAAAUAUACUGAGAAAGAACAUAAGAAGAACAUAAGAACACAACCAGAGAAAAAGAAUUCUGUUGAAGAAAAGACAGAGAGUCAAUCUUUUGGGAUGAGUCUGUUUUAGGAAUUUCAUUUUGUUUACCCAAGGAUGAAAUGAAGAAAUCAGUUUAGAAAAUGGAUUUAGACAAAAACAAGAACAGCCAGUGAAGAAAAGCAUAGGUAGAUAUGAUCAUUGGCUAUUCAGGAAAGCUUAGUUUUAGGGGCUGUAAAAAUUGAAAUUGAAUUGAAAGAAGAAACAAGCAUAAAUCUAGCCUCUGAGAAAGAAGAACAUAAGAACACAAGAACAGAAAAGGAAAUCUGUUGAAGAAAGACAAUGCUUUGGGAGGAGUCUAUGCUUGGAUUUUGAGCUUUUUAGUUUUGUUCCCUUAAGGUCGAAUUGAAGAAAUAAGUUGAAAAGUUUGAUUUCAUAAAAUUUAUGUUACUUGAAUGCUUCCUAAGUGAGCAGUUAACUUUAACCUCCAACAAAAGCCAAGUGGAGUAAAAGUAUUCAAUAUGCCUUUUCCUCAAGUUAGUUUUUCUCAUUUUCUUUAAAAAAUUACAUUUCUUAUAUAAAAUGUAAUUUUGCUUAAUGAGGUUGUCUCUACUUCUAUUCAUCAAAUUGCUGUGGUGGUGAAUUAUUUGCCCAUGAAAGGUUAAUUUAUUUUAAAUGAGAGAAUUACCAGGCAUUACAAAAUCCAUUCCUUGUUUGGGUUUGUGUUAGUGU